UAAGGACCCGCAUUUUUCAUUAAAGCUGGUAAAAAGGUUGCACAUGGUUGGAGAAACAUCUUACCCCGUCAUCCAUGAUUAGAGACAAAGCUUUCCUAUUCACAUAGGUUCAAUGACGUGUAUAAAAUGAAAGACAAUCCUCAAACAGUAGAAAGAUGGCGACAUUCUAUGAUAAACAAUAACAAGCGAUUAUCUCGUGUUGCGGUAAAUGGCAUUCCAUACAAAUCUAGCACACGAGCUAUGAUAUCAAAAGUCAACAAAGAAGAAGCAUCAAACCGUGCCAGUGCAGUGUAAGUUUAAAAAGCAACAAUGACAAAAGUAAAGUUUGGCAGCCUUUUGCUACUUUUUCAAGGAAUAUUAUUGAAUCUUUGUGUUGUGUUUGUUGAUUAUGGCGAUGAUUUUUUACCAUCCGAUCCUAAAUCACGGGAGAAUCAUAAAAAGCCUCAAUAUAAAUCACCAGUAUUUCAAGAUGUCCAUGUGAUGGUUUUUCUUGGGUUUGGAUUAAUUAUUACCUUUUUAAGAAGAUACAGCAGGGGAAUGUUGGUUCACUCUUUUCUGAUUGGUGGAGUAGUGAUACAAUGGGCAACACUACUACAGGGACUGUUCUCAAUGGAAAAUAGAAAAGUGUUGUUGACCUUAUCUAGGAUGUUAAAUGCUGACUAUGCAGUUAUGGCAGUUCUAAUAUCAUUUGGUGCUUUAAUGGGAAAAUGUAACUCUCUUCAACUUCUAAUCACUGCGAUGCUUGAGACUUUUUUUUUUGCUGUAAAUGAAGCAAUAUUAUUACGAUAUCUGGGUGUCUCAGACAACGGACGUGCAAUCGUAGUCCACAUUUUUGGUGCUUAUUUUGGCUUAGCAGUUUCAAGGAUGAUUUUCUCUCGGAAAGUAUGUAUGAGUCAGGCACUUUCCAUGUCAAGCAAGUCAGAAAUGUAUUCUUUUAUUGGAACUCUAUUUCUUUGGGUUUAUUGGCCAUCGAUGAAUGCUGCUUUUGUAAGCGGAUCAGCUCAUAACCGUGCAAUAGCAAAUACGUAUUUUGCUUUGGCAGCUAGUUGUUUAUCAGCAUUCUCAUUUACCGUCUUACAAAGCAAAGAAAGUAAAUUUAACAUUUUACAUCUUCAAAAUGCGACGUUAGCAGGUGGAGUGUCUAUUGCAGCUGUGGCUGCAAUGCUUCUGAAACCUUGGUAUGCUAUCAUUAUCGGGGUUGUUGGUGCAUUAUCUUCCGUUUUAACAUAUAAAUUCAUAGUGCCAGCAUUGAGAAGGCAUUUAAAAAUACAUGAUACACGUGGUAUCCAUGCCGCUCAUGGUGUUCCUGGAAUCGUGAGUGCUCUCGCUAGUAUCGUUGUUGCUAUCAUGGCUAAUGAAAGUAAAUUUAAAGCCAGUCUAUACGACAUGUACCCAGCUCGUGUCCCCAAACAGAAUACAACGCAAUAUCUGGAACUUCAAAAAUUUAGUUCUUUUCCGCCUGGUGAAGGUAGAACAGCUCUCAUGCAGGGCAUGUAUCAACUUGGCGGUUUGGUGUGCACACUUGCCGUCGCCAUCUUUGGCGGAGCAUUAACAGGGUUUAUUAUUAGAAUAAAAUUCUUUGAACCUGUGAAGGUGAACGACGCUUUUGACGACCAUGUGGACUUUGACGAGGCCAAUUGUAUCGACGUUUCGUCCGAACCCGAGUAUGAAGACGAUGACGAACGUCACCAUGAUAGUAUUAAUGGAACGACGCGACUUAUAGACGAUCACCAUAGUGAUAUAGUUGCUGAUAAUAACGUCAAUAUGACGCAUUUCGAAAGUAAACGAAGCAGCGUAGCUAAUAGCAUCGACCGUAGUUUGCAAAAUUUACAUGGGUCAAAAGGCAGCUAUCAUAUAUUAAAUGAAACUGCAGGACCUGUUGAUGAGGAUGCAGAUAAAGCGGAGGGUGAAUGGAUCGCACCACCACCACCAUCACUUUUACUUGAUGGUUUGGAACCAAAUCAGCCUAAUGAGAAUGGGAUAGAGAUGAAACCGUUAGUUGUGAUGAAUGAGAAACCUCCUCUUGAUGACAAAGCUACUGACAUUAAUGCCAUAAAGUCCUAAGGUACCUCAGGAAAAAAAACUUUUGCAGAAAUUUUUAUUUUUAUUUUUUAGGAGCAUUUAAUUGUAACUACUUUUUGUAUAAAAUUAUUUUUAUAUUUUGUUUUUUAAUUUCAUUUUUUUCCCUAAAAUUUUGUAGAAAUAUGCUUUUGCUCCUCAGUUUACUCGUAAUGUUUUUUUUUCAGCAACAACAACAGUAUUCGCCGUAAUUUUUAUUUUUAAGCAUUUUCUGAAAUAAUGUUAUUGUUAUAUAUAAUGUUAUAUAAUGACAUUAAUGUUAUUUUAAUAGAUUGUAUUUUUUUAUUUAUGUCAUUUUUAUUCCAAUGACGAAAAAUUUAUUUUGAUACUUCCUUGCGUGUUGACAUUGUAUUUAUAUCUGUAUAUAAAGCGUGGUUAUGUUGAACAAGAAACUCUUGUAUUUAUUUGUUUUGGGAACUUAGGAUUAGUAUUUUUUUAUUUGCACAGAAUAAUUCAACCUUUUAUAAGUAGCUAGCUUAUGUAUUUCUGGUACUAAAUAUUCAAAAUUGAGCAUAAAUUGUUUUCUUCGCGAUAGUAGGAUUAUUUUAUAAAAGAACAUAUAAAAUUUACAAUAAAAUACACAAUAAAAUUGAGCAUGUUUUGGAAAUGUCAGCAGUUGAUAAACAAAUAUGAAGAAACGGGGUGGUUAAUUAGUGGAAGAUUUAAUAGGUGGCGAGUAAUACUACAAAACUAGACAUCGUUAAGUUUUGCACAUUUUCAAAUGUAGAUUAACAAUUUGUUAAAAAAAUGUUAAGUAUCUUGCCUAAAAAGUUGUAACAAGGUAUGUAUAGCAGGAUUUAACAUUUUAUGUGAAGAAAAUGUGAAAAAAUCGUCAAAUUGAGAUUAUUUCCCUUAUGCCGAAUAAAGAAGAUUUUUAAAAACAACUUUCAUCAAGUGGGUUAUAAGAUUAUUAUUUUUGACAAAAUAAUUGAAUGUAAAUGAACGCUAUAUAUAUAUUUAAUACUCAGAUAUCAAAAUAUUGCCUUUCCUAAAAUAGACAUUAAUGUUAUUUUAAUAGAUUGUAUUUGUAUUAUUUGUGUCAUUUUUAUUCCAAUGACGAAAAAUUUAUUUUGAUACUUGCUUGCGUGUUGACAUUGUAUUUAUAUCUCUAUAUAAAGCGUUGUUAUGUUGAACAAGAAACUCUUGUAUUUAUUUGUUUUGGGAACCUAGGAUUAGUAUUUUUUAUUUGCACAGAAUAAUUCAACCUUUUGUAAGUAACAGUCGCAUAUAUAUCUUUUGUACGAAAUAUUAAAAAUUGAGCA